AUGUCUACAUCAACGACAAAGCUCGUCGAGCUCUCGUUUGAGGCAAUUGACGAUCUCAUCUACGACGCUCGGGCUGGCGAUCUCGAGGCUCUCAAGGCCGACAUCGCCACUCUGGCUUCGCAGCACGGCUGCCCCGAGUCUCACAUCGUCGCAUCAGCUAUCGAUAUGGAGGCUGAAUCCGAAGGCGGCACAGGAUCUUGUGUGUUGCACUUCCCAGCUGCCAAUGGCAACAUCGAAAUUCUCAACGCGCUUCUGCAAAGGUUGUCCGAUUUGGAUCCUGCCCAGCGUGCGGCAUUUGUCAACCACCGCAACUAUGCUGGUAACACGUCGCUGCACUGGGCUGCGCUGAAUACACACUUGGAGUGUGUGAAGGCUCUUGUUGAGUCGGGUGCAGACGUUACUGUUAAGAACGAUGCUGGCCACGAUGCUGUGUUCCUCGCUGAGCGGGCGGCCUGGUCUGCCUCUGCCGAGGAAGUCAAAGAGGAUGAGGAGAUGCAGGAGAUCGAAAUGACCAUUGGCGAGGGCGAGGGUGAAGGCCAGGGCGAGCAGCAAUCGUCCGGGGGAGAUGUUGUUGAGUGGCUGCUGUCAUCGGAGAAGGCGGCUGGUCUGGAGAGCGGCGCUAAUGAGGGCUCCAGCUCAGCAUAG